UCAGGUUUUCACAAACCCAGUGGUUUUCAGCUGCUGAUCGCAUGAAUUCGUCGUAAAAAACCUUAGUUUUUUUCCCAUAAUUCAUCGCUUGGUCUUCCUACUUCCUCUUUCCGCCAUAUUGCAGAACCGGCAUCAUGGUGCGCAUGAACGUUCUUGCGGAUGCGCUCAAAAGCAUCAACAAUGCUGAGAAACGUGGGAAACGCCAGGUUCUGAUCCGGCCGUGUUCGAAGGUCAUUGUACGUUUCCUGACCGUCAUGAUGAAGCACGGUUACAUUGGUGAGUUUGAGAUCAUCGACGACCACAGAGCUGGGAAAAUUGUCGUCAAUCUCACUGGCAGGCUGAACAAGUGUGGUGUGAUCAGCCCUCGUUUUGACCUCCAGUUGAAGGAUCUGGAAAAGUGGCAGAACAACCUCCUGCCCUCAAGACAGUUCGGAUACAUCGUGCUGACCACCUCAGCUGGCAUCAUGGACCAUGAAGAAGCCAGACGAAAACACACAGGAGGGAAAAUUCUUGGAUUCUUUUUCUAAAAUGUAAAGAACUGCAAAAUAAAACACCAAAUCCAGGGA